UUAUCAUGUGAUUCAAGUUUCUAUUGUCCUGGAUUGACCCACCUCUGCUCAACCUGUCUGUUUAAAUAUGUUUGUAGAAAACAUUACAGCAGUGUCAUGUUUGGAGAAUAGAAACCGAAAGUUAUUGAUGCUGAGACGGAAAACGAAUGUUAAGAGAAGGGGAGGGCUGUGAUGCGCUGCUGCGGCUCUAUAUAAACAGCUGAGAGAAACUUUCUGGACAGCUGAGCAUCUUUGUUUACCUGUUGGAGAUUCAACGUUUACAGAGAGGUUAUUUUGCUGAAAUUGGUUAAAAGACGACGGUCAUCAUGGAUAUAACCAUCACUAUGCUGAAUGGGAGGUCGGAGACACUGAGGGUCAAUCCGAACAGCACAGUUGGCUCUCUGAAAAAGCUCAUCGAGAGCAAACUGGAGGUCUCUGUUUCCAAGCAGAAACUUGUCUACGAAAACGGCCAGAGGAUCUUUCUGAGCGACGACUCCAGGACGCUCAACUCGUACGGGAUACCACCCGACUCCCGGAUCCACCUGCUGGUCACCGAGCCAGUCCCGCCCAAAACCAUCCAGGUGUUCCUCAAAAACGAGAAGGGUCAGACCAGCACUUACGACAUCACAGUCGACGAGACUGUGGAGAAGUUCAAGACUCGAGUGGAGCACCGAGAAGGAGUGGCGGUGAGCCAGCAGAGACUGAUCCAUGAGAGCCGGGAGAUGAGCGGGGGAAAGCUGCAGGACUACGGCGUGAGGGAGCACAGCACCAUCUUCAUGACUCUCCGUCUGAGAGGAGGAUGAACACUUUUACACCCAUUCAUUCACCUUUUACUUCUUCUUCUUUUACUUUUAUUCCGAUACAUUCCUUUGCAUAAUUUUAUUUAUUUAUUUUCAAUGUGUCAUUACAUUUAUAUGUCUACAAUGACCACAGGAGAGCAUAUCAGUGAUUUAUUUUAACAAAUACAUGU